CAUAUCUACCAACUCUCUCUAUAUGCAUAUAAAUCUCCAUUAAUCUCCUUUUAAUUCAAACAAAAACCAAACCCUCUAAAAACCCUUUUCAUAUAUUCUCAUCACCAAUAUGGCCAUAUCUCCAAGAAAGCUAAGAAACGAUGUGUAUUCAUACUCAUACCAAAAUGACUCAAACACCCCUUUGGUCAUCUCAGUUCUUGCUUCAUUAAUGGAAAGAACUUUGGUUAGAAAUCAAAGAAUUGGUAGAAAGUGCGGUUCCACCAUGUCGAAGACUCGGAUAUUUGAUUGCCAUGAAACACCGGACAUGACAAUAAAAUCGUAUCUUGAACGGAUUUUUAAGUACACGAAAGCUGGACCGUCGGUGUAUGUUGUCGCGUAUGUGUAUAUCGACAGGUUUUGUCAAUCGCAACCGGAGUUUAGAAUUACCAGCCGGAAUGUUCAUAGGCUUCUUAUUACGACUAUAAUGGUGGCUUCUAAAUAUGUUGAAGACAUGAACUAUAGAAAUUCAUAUUUUGCAAAAGUUGGUGGAAUAACAACAAAAGAAAUGAAUAGUUUGGAGUUUGAUUUUCUGUUCUUGAUGAAUUUUAAAAUGCAUGUAAAUUUGAGUGUUUUUGAGAGCUAUUGUUGUCAUUUAGAAAGAGAAGUAAGCAUAGGUGGUGGUUACUAUAUUGAAAAAACUUUACGAUGUGCUGAAGAAAUUAAAUCUCGGCAAAUAGAAGAGAGAGUCACCAGAAUUACUUUGUAAUCAAAUUAGCUUCUUUUUUCUAUUUUUAUGUAGUGUAUAUAAUAUAUGUGUAUAAAAGUAGCAAGCAAGAAAAUCAUGGGUGUUUAUUUUUUA